UCAAUCAUGGCGAAAGGUGAAGGAAUCGUUAAAAGUGACGAAUCUCAGCCAGAUCUUGAUCAGUAUGCUAAGGAAGCACUUGAUGAGAUAUUUGGAAAGGAAGAGCAGUCUUACGAAGACUUUGUGCAAAGUUUUAUGUACCUCAAUAAGGAUGAUAAUUCUGGAACAAAAGUUCCCAGUCCUCAAGGCAAUCCCCACGAUCUCCAGAAUGGUGCGUCCAGUCACAACAAACUGGCAAAGCUUACUGUUGACGACCACCACUCACUGGAAACAAAAAUCCAGGGCACAGAAAGUGACAACAUACCUGAGGAAGUAUUGGGGCCUGGUUCAACAUCUGUUCCAUUUCUUAUGAGAACACCUGAGUCAUCAGGUGGAAAAAUUCUCCAGGUUGAUAAUUUUGUAGAAUAUGCAGAUGAGGGGAGUGAUGAUGAAAGAUCCAUUCCAAAUGUUGACUCUUUGUUGGAGGAUGAUAUAUUUGCCUCUGGUUAUUCCCCUUCUGUAGUUAAUUCCUCAAAUUCUUCAAAGCAUAAAGGAGAUAGGAUCUCAACUGCUAAAGAUAUUCCCUCUAAUGUUGAUUUGGGCAUUGAACUUUGCCAUGAAGCAACUAAAGAAGUCUGUUAUCUCCCAGGAGAUGCUUCAAUUCUUCCUGGGGAAGUUGAUGAUUACGAAAUGAAUGAACAGCCAGAUACCUCUGAAGCAGUUGUAUCACCCAAAAUAACACAACUACAGAUUGCCACAAGAAUAAAUAUUUGUCACAGAAAGAAUGAUCAAAGAACUCCAAGUGAGGAAGGUGAAGAUGCCGAUGAGGUUCAACCAUUCACUCUUGAUACAAACUUAGACUAUGACAAUGUGAUUCUUACACCAAAGUUCAGUUUCUCACCAAGGCAUAUACCUUAACCCUUCAGAGCGAGGGCUGUCAGUGUUCUUUAUAAUGAGAAUAUCCAGGCAUACUGGUGUAAUCUCAUUGAGAUUGUCUACAGAGACCAUUCAGGUUACUGGUUUCUUGACACUUUGGAGACCUGACAUAAUGCGGUGCAUAAUGCUUCUGCAGAAAGUGGAAGUGCAAUGCCCCAAGUUCCAUAAGAUGUGGAAACAGAGAUUACUAAAAGCAGAAUGGGCCAACAAGGCUCACCUUUUUAAAGCAAACAUGAUGACUAAACUUGGGAAGGACCUCAACAGGAUGAUAAGCACAUUGUGUCAUACAAUUCUUGGCUUUGCACUCAAAGGACAAACAUUGAAAAUACCUGAUAACUGUUUAUCUAUUUGAAGACAAAUUCCAAGAAAUGUGUAAAGGAGAUAAGUAGAUCCUUCUCCAGUCAAUCUUUAUCCAUCCCUUGUACUAAUGUUUCAGGUUUAUAGUUCACAAGUUAGUUUUUACUUCUCUUUGAAAUUUUAAAACCAAUAUUUCACCAAAUAGGUUAUACGAAAUAGAGAGGCUUUCAAGUACAGGGUGUUAUUUUGAUUUAUCAAUAAAAUUGUCUAAUUUGUUCACCAGAAAGUAUGUAGUGAGAGGGUAGAAUUCAUAAUUGUUUGGUUUAUCCUUUCAUGCUUAACCAUUCCUAGGGUAUCCACAGAAGAACAGUUUACGACCUUCACAUCCCAUUUAACCUACUGGUUAAACCUUAGAGAAAGGUGAUUGAUGUUGCAAGUAAUUUUAUGUUUUAUCAACUGUUUCAUGUCAUUAAUCAGACACAGCUUACCAAUAUUAAACCAACAAUAUCAAUUACAGUGGUUCCCUCUAGAAGGUCAACAUCCUAUUUUCUAGAUAUAGCAAAAACAAGAGGCUUACAUAACUGGUCAAACAAGUUUUAAUGGGUUUUGUACAGAAACAUCACAAAGUUGAUGUUGAAUGUUACCAUUUUAACACAAACUCUUGUAAAAGUUUGACAAAGAUUUGUGAUUU